GGAGAGGAGAGCCGAGGAGCGGCGGGAGGCGGCGAGGGAGCGCGGGAGAGAGCGGGGAGAGGGAGGCAGGAUGGAGGCGCGGAGUUAGGGGGCUCGGGAGAGCCGGAUGAAAGAGGAGCCGCGCCGGGGGUGUGCGCUAGCAGCCGAGAGGGGACCCCCGGGGCGGGCAGAAGGCGGGGAGAGGGUGCGGGAGGCUGCAGGGCUGGGGGCAGAGGAGAGGCAGGAGGCGAGGCAGAGGAAGGGAGCGGGGACGGAGUGGCUGGGGGUGGGGGUCUCGAUCCCCAGCUGCCCUCGGGGCUCCCUGCGGGCCAGACGGGAAGGCUGGAAGUCCUGGAGGUGCAGGGUCCCAGAGAGAGGGGAGGGAGGAGCUGAGGGGGCCAGGGUGCUGGGAAGGGGUCGCGGCCGGGCCUUGUGGGGAUGGGGGCGGCGGCUCGUCUGAGCGCCCCGCGCGCGCUGGUACUCUGGGCCGCGCUGGGGGCGGCAGCUCGCAUCGGACCCGCACCUGACCCGGACGACUGGUGGAGCUACAAGGAUAAUCUCCAGGGAAACUUCGUGCCAGGACCUCCCUUCUGGGGCCUGGUGAACGCGGCCUGGAGUCUGUGCGCCGUGGGGAAGCGGCAGAGCCCCGUGGAUGUGGAGCUGAAGAGGGUCCUUUACGACCCCUUCCUGCCCCCGCUGAGGCUCAGCACCGGGGGAGAGAAGCUCCGGGGAACCCUGUACAACACCGGCCGCCACGUCUCCUUCCUGCCCGCGCCCCGGCCCGUGGUCAACGUGUCCGGGGGCCCCCUGCUCUACAGCCACCGGCUCAGUGAAUUGCGCCUGCUGUUUGGAGCUCGCGACGGAGCUGGCUCCGAGCACCAGAUCAACCACGAGGGCUUCUCUGCCGAGGUGCAGCUCAUCCACUUCAACCAGGAGCUCUACGGCAACCUCAGCGCCGCUGCCCGCGGCCCCAACGGGGCCAUUCUCAGCCUCUUUGUCAACGUGGCAGGUAGCUCCAACCCGUUCCUCAGUCGCCUCCUUAACCGGGACACCAUCACCCGCAUCUCCUACAAGAACGACGCCUACUUCCUUCAAGACCUGAGCCUGGAGCUGCUGUUCCCCGAGUCCUUCGGCUUCAUCACCUACCAGGGCUCCCUCAGCACCCCGCCCUGCUCCGAGACGGUCACCUGGAUCCUCAUUGACCGGGCCCUCAACAUCACCUCCCUGCAGAUGCACUCCCUGAGACUCCUGAGCCAGAACCCGCCGUCCCAGAUCUUCCAGAGCCUCAGCGGCAACGGCCGGCCCCUGCAGCCCCUGGCCCACAGGGCCCUGAGGGGCAACAGGGACCCACGGCACCCCGAGAGGCGCUGCCGAGGCCCCAACUACCGCUUGCAUGUGGAUGGCGCUCCGCUAGGUCGCUGAGGCUCCGCGUCCAGGAUUGCGCCUGCCCGUCCCGAGCCUCCCCACGAGGGGAGGGAGGUCACCCCCAAAACAAAGCUAUUAAAGAGACAGAACACUU